UAUAUAUAUUGACUGCAGAUUUGGUCAUUUGAUGUUCAAAAUGUGUUCCACGUCCAUCCUGAUUGUUUUUCUCAUCACCGUUAAUUCGGUGUCGUUAGCAGAUAUCAUUUCAACAGCUAGAGGGAAGACCUGUUCUUCUGGUGAAUUCACAUGUGACUCUGGCCAGUGUAUUCUUAUAAAUUGGAAAUGUGACGGAGAAAAAGAUUGCUAUGACAGCACGGAUGAACUAAAGUGCAAUGUUCUACACACAUGUGGUGGUGACCAGUUUCAGUGUGCUAAUAGUCAAUGUAUAGCAAAAGCUUCAAAAUGUGAUGGUCUCCAAGACUGUGCAGACCGUUCCGAUGAGUCAAAUUGUAGUACAGCUAAUCCAUGUACGAUACAUAAUGGGGGAUGUGAUCAUAUUUGUAAUCAAAAUGGCGAAUCAAAGGACCUGUGUUCAUGUAGAAAUGGAUACAAACUAGAAGAAAAGACCAGAUGUGUUAACAUUGACGAAUGCACAGGGAACAGUUCUCCCGUUUGUUCGCAGUUAUGUAUUGAUAAACAGGGAACUUAUGAAUGUGAAUGUAUUGAAGGCUAUAAUACGAGCGUCGUAGACGGUGAUGUAGCUGGAUCAACAACAUGUAUAGUGAAUGGUCCAAGACCGUGGUUACUGCUCGCAAAUACAAACGAUAUUAGAAAGUUUGAAGUUGGUACAUGGUUCCAAGAAACGUUGGUGGAUGGACUAUCCAACGCUGUUUCUGUUGAUUUUUACAAAGAUAAAUAUGUAUAUUGGUCCGAUGUUUCAAAACAACAAAUAGCUAGAUCUGAAAUAAAGAAUGGUAUGAUGAUCAAGAAACAAGUAAUUGUAAAUGAGGAUAUAGAAACACCUGAUGGUAUUGCUAUAGAUUGGAUUCAUGACCAUUUGUACUGGACAGACAUUGGACUAAACAAUAUUCAAGUAUCCAAUCUCGAAGGCGAUAAAAAAGCAACAAUAAUUGAUAAUGAUCUGGAUAAACCAAGAGGAAUCGCUUUAGAUCCAAUACAUGGAUAUUUUUACAUGACGGACUGGGGAAAAGACCCAAAGAUAGAAAGAAUCGGUAUGGAUGGAUCAAACAGAAAAAUAAUUACAAAUGAUGUCGUAUGGCCGAAUGCUAUAACUAUCGAUUACAUUGAUAGUAGAAUUUUCUGGAUUGAUGCUAAACUACAUACUAUCAUGUCUGCUGAUUUGGAUGGUUCCCGAAUCCGUACCGUAUUACAUAAUAAUGUACAGAUAUAUCAUCCAUUUUCUAUUGCUGUAUUUGAGGAUAAUAUUUUUUGGACAGACUUGGCGGACACAAUGUAUGUGAUGAUAUUGAAGUGAACUGUGAAUACUUGUGUUUACCAAAACCACGUGUACUGUCAGACGAUUCAACUUUACUUUCGUAUACAUGUGUUUGUCCAGAUAACAAGAAUAUAUCACACAACGGUCACACAUGCGUUC